AUACCUUCUCUCUCUCUCUCUCUCUCUCUCUUUCUCUCUCUAAGAGCAUUCCGCCAUCUUUAUCUCCUUUCUCUCGCGUCCCCUGUUCGUUCGUCAUCAGAGAAAGCCUGCAGAUGCAUCGACCCAUCCCAGCCACGAGCGAGAAUUCUCGCCGAUCGCCUCACCACCUUCGUGUCUGAUCGUUUUCUUGAUCCACCCACGUCACUGAAUCGCUGAAUUCCUUCCGGGUUCCCCCCUGUUCGGAUUCCCUCUCUCUGCCUUUCUCUCUCUAGAGAUAAGCAGCAGCAGCUCGCAUCCGUCAAAAAGCUGCGGAAUUCUGAGAUUCUUGGGGUACCCUUUUCCGUGUUUGAAUCGAGGAGCCAAAUCGGAUCGAGAAACCACCCAAGAACGAUACGAUGUCGUCAUCCCUGAUCUCGCCGAACCCGAUCCCGACGAGCAGCCCCGCUACGGCCGGCGGCGGCGACCGCUCGCGGGAGGCUAAGACGAGGAGGAGGAAGAAGAAGGCUCAGGCUCAAGCCCAGGCUCAGUCCAAGGGCCGGAGCCAGUCCUCCAAGUGGAAGUCCCAUGCCCAGCAGCAGAUCUUCUCCUCCAGCCUCCUCCAGGCCCUGGCGCAAUCCCGGCGCGGCGCCGGCGGCGGAGGGGGAGGAGGAGGGGGCGGCGGCGGCGGCGGGAGGGCCGUCCGCGAGGCGGCGGACAGGGCCCUGGCGGCGUCGGCCAAGGGGAGGUCGCGGUGGAGCCGGGCCAUCCUGGCGGGCCGGAUCAGGAUCAGCAAGUUCAGGAAGCGGAAGAGGCCCGCGGCUGCGGUGGCGGCUGCGGCGGCCGGCAGGUCGAGGAAGCCGAGGGUGAGCGUGUCGAGGCUGAGGGGGAAGGGGAUGCCGGCCGUGCAGAGGAAGGUGAGGGUCCUCGGCCGGCUGGUCCCCGGCUGCCGGAAGGAGCCGUUGCCGGUGAUACUCGAGGAAGCCACCGACUACAUCGAGGCUCUGGAGAUGCAGGUCAGGGCUAUGAGCGAGCUCGCUCGGCUCCUCUCCGGCGUCGCCUCCACCGGCGCCGGCACGAGCUCCGACUCUCCUGCCGCGCCGCCGCCGAGCCAGUGACUCCGGCCGAGCCACCGGUCGGCCGAUCGCUCGGGACAACUUCCAUUUUGUGAAGCAAUCUUUCGCCUUGAAUUGUUUCUAUCUUCUAUAUGAUAUUGUGAAUAUACAUGCUUUGGGUUAUUUUUUCUCUCUCUAAUUUCUUUUUUUCCAGUGGUAUUUUAGAUUUUUAUC